AUGCUCCUGCUUGUGUUCACUGGUAUUAAUCAAUUAGAAGCACAUUCGGACAACGAUAUGUAUGAUGGGUUAUAUGGAAAUCGAUUUGCAAUUAACGAUCAUAUGUCUGUUUAUGCUGAUAAUAAUAUUCAACAGUUCACAAUUGUGCGGCGACCGUUCUCGUCUAAUGCACUUACGAAUAUGAUCAGUUACAGUAAUAUUUAUCGAGAUAGUAGACUUAAUUCGUCCAACAUUUACAUUCAUAACAUUGCUACAGGUGCAAAAUUAAAUAACAACAAUUCAGUCGUUGCGUUCAUAGCGGAAACUAUGGAUCACAAGUCAUAUUUAAUUGUAAUGUGGAUACCAAUUACGUCUUCCGAUCCAAAUGAAAUCAACUUUGUGGAGUUGUCAACAAACAAUAUUGUGAAACAAAACGUUCUUGGUAUUGAUUCAGACAGUGCGCAUAUAUAUGUUGUUCAACUAGCUUCGACUCUUUAUUAUGACGUUAAUUCGAAAAUAAAUCGAACAUAUCAUAAUGUCGGGUUCUGGGACCCUCAUCAGUUCAUGAUUGGUGAAGCAUUGGCCGUUACAAAUGAUCAACGUCUUUUUUUACUUGCAUACAGACAGGGAAAAUAUGAACUUCGGCCAGCGUCAAGCAGAUUUUAUCUUUGCUUAUAUACUGUUGACCUUUCCAACGUAUCUAAGCCAAUAUCAAUGGAUCCAUUUGAAUGGACAAUGACUUUCCCAGUGGCAUAUCUCUCCGAGAAUAGAGAAUAUGCAGCACUGUCACUGGAUCUGAACGAAGAAUCUGAUAUGUUGAUUGCAGGAAUAGCAUCCAUGAAUAGUGUAGUGAUUUUCUCCAUUAAGGACAGAUCGAAACCUCCAAGUGUUUUCAACAAUCAUACUUUAUUACAAAAAAACGUAUUAUUUGGUAGAUCAGUUGCACUUCUAAAUAACGAUACAUAUGCUGUGCUCGCGUACGCGACAUCAACCUUACCAUGGUCCAGUUCUCAGAUCCAGUUUUAUUCUCUUGAUAUCAAUUCAAAUCCAAAGCCAAUAUUUGUCUUCCCAAACAAUCAACAGCCACUUCCAGUAUCAACUAGAUUACAGUCGCUCUAUCGUAUAAUUAAGUUUCUAUCCUGGGAUUCAAAUAACAUUGGGCUCUUACUUGAUCCUUUUAAAAUCCUUUUACUUCCUGCAAGUCCACCGGGAUACUGUAGUAGUUUGAACAAUACACACGAAAACUAUAUGACUUUUUCAGUAUACAAACCGCGACCAUGCAUUCCGGGAACAUAUAAGCACACCUCGGGCCUUGGUCCGUGUUUUAUUUGUCCAACCCAUUCGAAAAAUAAUGGUAGUUCGGCGAUCAACUGUGAACGAUGCUUUGCUACGAACACAUCACGAUGUUUUCCAGGCGCUAUAAACGAGAUUGAUACAGUGGAGUUAACAAAUCACGAUCAAGGAAAUCCCUAUCCAAUUUCACCUGAAUCGACACAAUUUGAUGAUCUACUACUUCAAAACAUUCUCCGAUUACCAACGACAACAAAAGAAUGUUUACUUCUUUCACCUGUCUUUUGGGCUUGUAUCAUCAUCCUCGUUUGUCUCGUAUUCUUUCUUAUCAGCAAACUUAUUGUACCCUGUUUCAAGCAUGUGAAUGGACAAACUAUUCUCAAAAACAUUUUCGUACGCGUUGAUUUAAUUGGCGAAGGACAAUAUUGGUUAGGCGGACUAAUUUCAACUUCUCUUUUCGUUCUCAUUAUAUUUUCAUGCAAAUUUAGUAUUUCAUUCAUGAACCUCUAUCCAUACGAACAAUCGUCGAUACUUGAACGAAUUAGUACUACCUGCGAUAGUUCAUUGGUCAAUGCAAAAUUCAGUAGCUCUUUACAACUAAUAUCGUUACAUAAACAUCAAGAAGAAAAACCGAUUUUUCGUUUACUCGAACAACAAAGCAUCAGUCUAUAUGUACAAUUUAUUAGUACGGCUUUUACAUGUGAUGAUCUGCAAAUUCAACAGAUGAGAGAUCAUGAACUAAGUACUCCAUUAGGAAAUUCCAAUUGUUCUGCAAAUAAUAGUAUACUUCAAGUUUCUACGACCUUCUUGCCGCAACACUUCGUCACAACGGAAUUUGAAUUGAACGGGCCACAUUUUGUUGGAGGACUUCGCGUUUGUCUGUCUGCUCCAUCGGUAUCUACUGAAAACGAAAAAUAUACUGCGAAACAGAUGGAUUUUUGUCAGUUCUUAUUCGUAGAUAAUCAAACUAUUGCUAGUAAACAAAAAAUAUACAUAAAAUUGAUUAAAAUUAUCAAUCGAACGGCAAGUAUAACAUCAGAGGAUGAUGAUGUCAUUUAUAGUGGCCUCUGGUUACCGACUCUCAUGUCCGGUGCUCUAACAGAUGAAUUACUUUUUACGCAAAAGGGAGAACACUAUCGUUAUCUACCGAUGAAAACAAGCUUGAUUGUUGAUAUAAGUGAAUCAGAAUUUUUCGUGAAAAACACCCAAGAACCAAUCGCUCGAACUUAUGAAAUCAUAUUCAAUACGAUUCUUUUUUCGAUGUUAUGUUUGGAUCUACUUGGACUUCUAUUCAUCGUGUUCAAAAUGGCCAUUCGUCCCUUGAUUAGCUUGGCCAGAAAACGUUUCCGUUCAAAAAGAACGAACUUAGCAUCAUCAGCUAUACAAAGAGUCGAUAGUCAACUUCACGCCUAUCAAUACUAA